ACCAGCGGUCACACUACAGGAGGCAAGCAGCCUCACAGCACAUUCUGACCCCCACACACAGGCUUUGGAGAGAGAGACCGAAUCAGCACCUCACACACAUUGACAGAAACUGCUCACUCCAGAGUGAGGCCCUSUUUACUCAACCAGCAUCACUAUCUGUCCUCUCUCUCUGACAUGGAGCUUCACAGCCUCCAACACCACCACAGCCACCGGACCGACAACAAGCUCCAGAUGCUGAACCUCAACCAGCGCCUGGAGACCUACCUGGGCCGAGUGAGGCUGCUGGAGGAGGAGAACACGCUACUAUGCCAGGAGCUCCAGGCACUGAGGGGCUGCGGCCAGGGGGGGCGGAUGGGCCUGGAAGACAAGCUGAGCCUGGCCAGGCAGGAGGUGGAGGAAGCCUGGAGGGAGAAGGACCGGGUGGAGCUGGAGCUAGGGAGCCUGGGUGAGGAGCUCCAAGUCCUGGGGCUKCAGAGACAGUGGGAGGCGGACGCCCAUGGGGAGGUGAAGAAGAAGCUGGCAGACAGCAGGAAGGAGAUGGAGGAGGAGAGGAGGGCUCAGAUCUGGUUAAGAGAGAAGGUGAGCCAGCUAGAGAAACAAAUCCAGUUCCAGAUACAAACCCACCAGGAAGAUGUUGCCGGCUUCCAGGGUACACWAAUCCAWGUCAGACCUGCACUGCCACCCCCUCCAUCCCAAACGGGCACCCAGCUGCCCAGCCUCCAGGACCUGGGUGAGGAGUACUCCCAGAUGGCUGUCAGGGCGUGGCAUGAGGCGGCCAUGGUGUUUCAGGGCCAGGUAGACAGCCUGGACGAGUCUCUAAACCAGGCCAGAACCCGGUUGGCCCAGGUGGGCCAGGAGAAAAUUGAGAGCCAGCUGAAACUUAAGGCCCUGGAGAAUGAGCUGCAAUCAGUCCAGGAUAGAAGGCAGUAUCUGGAGAGGAGUGUGGCCAAACAGAGAGACAGGGAGAGGCAAGAGAUACAAAACCUGCAGGCCCAUCUGGAGGUGUUGGAGAUGGAGAAGGGGGCACUGGGAAAUCAGAUUGACGCUCUCCUGACAGAAAGUAGGGGUCUGGUGCAGCUGAAGAUGUCUCUAGGCAUGGAGGUGGCCACAUACAGAGCUUUACUGGACAAUGAAAGUCUGACGGGGGAUUUCUCUUCAACAAAUCAGCUAAGGAGUACCUACACAUCUGAUGGAGUGCCCAGCUCUCGAGGGGUUAAGCAAAGCUUCCAGACACAGCUGGCUACCAGUCACAUGAUCAGUCCCAUCUCUACCUUCCAUAGAGCAAGCCCACGAUCCAAUGUAACAAUGAUGUCCGCAUCACCAAUCUGGAAUCAAAACCGGGUAACCCUGAACGAAACACCUGAGAGUUGUCGAAAGACAGAGGAAGAGCAUGUUAACUUUGACUUAGGGUCCAACCGGCAGGUAAGUUGGUCAACGCCUUACCCCAAAGUACCACAGGAUGGAAUUUCAGUCGACCACUUCAGACCCCAAGAUGUCCAUGAAGAAGUCAACUAUGCUGAGCCUCUCUCACCUCCCACUGAAGAGGCAGGAGCUGAUGUUGUAUCUUGGCUUGGUUCUGACCAUAAGGAACAAUCCAUGUGGGAUUUAGAAAAGGAGGAAGAGGAUCAGAACAUAGUCAGAACCUGGGUUGCUGAAGAGAAACCCGUUCUGGAAUCUGCCAUGAGUCACCAGGUUGAGACCAGCUUCAGUAUGCCAACUGUGUUCAGCACUGAUGCUCAAGAGCUCUACAGCCCUUCAGUGAGCUAUGAGAGAGCAGGUUCGGUGACAGGGGCACAUUCUGCUUUCUCAGCGAAUGAUGAUAAUGAUGUACCUUUUGAAAUGUCUUCUGAAAAAGAGGAACCUCUACUAGAUCUGCCUUAUGGUCCCAUGAAUGCAUUGGGGGAAAGAGAUCUUGAAACAGCAAGGAAAGACACUGAAUGGGUGGGAAAAGAAGGCUUGGAGUCUGAAACUAAAUCAGUGCUAGAACAUGCAUUUGAGACCUUCACAAGCAGUCAAGCUUUUGAGUAUGGGGCGGGGAAAAGUUACAACAAGCCAAAAGAGUUCAACCAAGAGGACAAUAUGUCUUAUGCAUCUAUUCAAGCCUCCCACGGUUCAGAAGAGGCAUUUCACCAUGUUAAAAGAGUGGAGGAAGAUGUUAUUAAUCUCACAAAAGAGGAUGAUGAAAAUGAUAUGUCUAACAAAGAUGAGGAGCAAUUGGAAGAUGAAUUGCRCCCCUAUGGGUAUGGUAAGGAUGAUUGUGAAAGAUUGGCAGGGUUCAAUAAGGAAAAUUGUGUGACAGAAAGAAUCGAUAAGUUCAACCGAGAGGCGAUUAUCUCAUAUGAAUCUGCUCAAGCUUCUCACUGGUCAGAAGAGGUAUUUCACCAUGUUGAAAGAGUGGAGGAAGGUGACAUACAUUUCACAAAAGGGGAUGAUGAAAAUGAUAUGUGUAAUAAACGUGAGGAACAAUAUGCAUUGCACCCCAAUGGGGAUGUAAAUGAUGAAUGGGAUAGAGUGGGAGGAUACAAUGAAGAGAGUGGAAUUGGAGAAAGAAUGGAUGAUUGGAAAGAAGGAAAGGAUCAUAUGAAAGAGGAAGAGAUGUGGAAUAACAGAGAAACCCAACCCAAUCGGUCUGAUCAAGAGUAUAUACCUUCAAAUGUAGAGAAACUGAAUCAAUUCGAGCAAGAGCAUAUACCUUUAGGCAGAGAGAAACUGAAUAUAUCCGACAAUGACAAAGAGGAUCAUGAUGAGGCAAACGACUGUCAAAAUACUUCUAUUUCAUGGAGGGCUGAGCUAGAAGGUGACAGCUACGCUCAGGACAACACACUGGCCGACACACACCCCCUGAUUCGUUACAAGAGUGACGAGACGGAUGCCAACACUCAGGCUUCACACAUGGGAGAAAGUGACUCCAGUGAUGGUGAAGAGGACAGGGAGGUUUGCCAGACAGGAACAGGCACCUGGGGCGAAGGCAAGUCCAAACAGUUUGACACCAUGGAGGAUCUGUAUGAAGAGUCAGAAGGGGAUGUCAUAGAUCAGGAAAGUAACAUGGGCUCCACUCACCAAGRGGACAUGGAUGCUAGCCAAACAAAGGAGCAUGCUACACAGGAGAAUGAUGAGGAGAAUGCAGUAGAUCAGUUGAUUCAGAAGACAGAAGAGGAACAAUCCUAUGAGGAACUUACAGAACCUGGAGAGUGCUCCAUGGUGUGCUCUGAUGAGGACUAUAAUGAAGAAAGAAUUGAUAGAUUGGUGGAGCAAGAGUUAGAGAAUUUAUCUAUAUCCAGUUACAGUGAACACUUUAAUGGGCAGAUGAUUGAGAGCGAGUCAGUACUGAGUCUUCAAAUUGAGUCUCACACUGAACUUUCCCAGACACAAGACAUAUUAUACAGUGAGGAGGUAGACCAGAUACACUCAGUGAGACUGAAUCAAUCUGAGCAAGAGCAUACGACCUCAGGCGGCGAGAAACUGAAUCAAUCCGAGCAAGAUUAUAUAAAUUCAGGCAGAGAGAAACUGAAUCAAUCUGAACAAGAGUAUAUACCCUCAGACGGAGAGAAACUGAAUCAAUCCGAGCCAGAGUAUAUAACUUCAGGAGGAGAGAAAAUGUAUCAAUCCGAGCAAGACCAUAUACCCUCAGACGAAGAGAAACUGAAUCAAUCCGAGCAAGAGAAUAUACCUUUAAGCGGAGAGAAACUGAAUCAAUCUGAACAAGAGCAUAUACCCUCAGACGGAGAGAAAAUGAAUCAAUCCGAGCCAGAGUACAUAACUUCAGGCAGAGAGAAACCGAAUCUGUAUGCGCAAGAACAUAUACCCUCAGACGGAGAGAAAAUGAAUCAAUCCGAGCCAGAGUAUAUACCCUCAGGCAGAGAGAAACCGAAUCUGUAUGCGCAAGAACAUAUACCCUCGUCUCUUAUACACAUCUAG